AGCUUGUUUCCAACCGAACAACAUAUUCAGACGCACAUCAGUGAAGGAUAACUUCCGUUGGUUUUGUGUUCAUGCUUUGAUUCAGAAAGAGAUGAAAACAAACGAGAAUAUAAAGAGUUUCACACCGAGGAUUAAAAGAGGAGGAUCCGGUCCAUGAGAGAGAGAAGAGUCUGAUCUCAGUAUGGAGCUCUCUUCUUUACUUCAUGAACUUCACCUCUCCUCCUCAGAGAAGUCCCUCCCCUCUCCCUCUCCUCCUCCAAUCACAGAGCUCCUGUCUCGGCUACAGGAGAAGCUGACCUGCUCAUCGUCAGACUCUGAAAAGAGCUCUCUGAUUGGCCGCGUUGAGCGCCUCUUCCAAACAGCCGACACUGAUUGGCUGUUCUCUGGGCAGGCUGAGCUUCAUGCGGCGUACAGCUCUCUGGUCUGCGCUCUGAUUGGCUGUGCAGCUCUGCCGCUCUGUGAGGACGACUGCAGCUCUCUGCCGGCCUCAGCCUAUCAGAGCGUCCCGAGCAGAGCUGAACCGGUGUGCUCCACCCUCACUGCGCUGCUGAGAACUCUGGGAAAUGUAGGAGGUCAGAGUGGUCUGCUGCUGGCUGUAGCUCCGCCCAUCUGUGUGUUUGCUGUCACUCAUUUCCAGGAGCAGGCGUGGACCAGCUCCUCUUCCCGAGCGGCGGCUCAGAUCCUGCAGGAGGCGCUGCUGAAGGCCGGAGGCUGGAGGGACUCCCCUCACCUCCUGAUGGGGGACAGCAGUGAGGGGGGAGAGGAGGGAGGGGGGACCAGCAGAGGGAUUGUUGGAGGAAUCCUGGACGUCCUGCAGCCUCAGCUGAGCAAGGAAAACUGGCACAGCUGUGAAGCAGUGAAGUUGGUGUUUGCAUGGACUCUCCUGCAGGUGACUCGUCCUUCUCUCUCCCCUCACCUGCCCCGCCUCCUCGCUCCCUCGCUCCUCUUCAACGACCACUUCAGACAAGAGAACUGCAUCCUGGGAGUUCGCUGUCUGCACCAUAUUGUGCUCACCACGCCGGCUGCAGAUCUCUGUCAGUUCAACACAGCAGAAGUCGUCUACCAGGCUUUGUUCAAACACCUGUACACAUCAGAGGCUGCUGUCAUACAGCCGGCCCUCUCGUGUCUGCUGGACCUGCUGUUGGUUUUAGAGAGACCCCCCUCCUCCCUCGCCCCCUCCUCCUCCCCGAGGAAACCCUGUCGCCACGAUGAUGUGCUCCGUCUGGUCCUGACGCACAUGGAGGCGGAGCAUAAGUUGUCUCUGAGGCGCAUCUACGCCUCCGCUCUGCCUCUGUGCGUGGACAGGAUGGGCGUGGCGGUGUGCAGACACCUGCGGCGGCUGGAGCGGGUGGUGCUCGGGUACCUGGAGGUCGGAGAUCCACCUGAAGAGACGAGCCGGCUGAAGAUCCUUGAGGCGCUGCAGAAGACCAUCAGAGCAGCGUGGCCGAGGGUUGCGUGUCGUGUUGCCAUGUUGCUGCGUUGCCUCUUAAAGUUGCUGCUUGACGUUUCCUCGGACUCUCAGCUCGGUGAUUCGGUGCGUCAGGAGCUGAUGAAUCAAACGACGCUCUGCAUCAAGCAGCUGGACGGCCUCUCUGACGGAGGACUACAGCCUCUCCUCCUGCAGGUCGACAGCAGCUGCUGCAGCUCUGAGGUCGUCGACUGCCUCUCGACGAUAACUGUGACGACCGACCGGUGACGAAAGACUCCGAGAACGACCUGGAGUCAUAACGCAAGAGACAGAAGACGGAGCAGGCGACUCUGAGGGGGACAGGUGGGAUUGGAAGAAGAAACAUGAGACACUUAAAAACAGUUUAAUUCAAAUAUAAAUAUCAUGUUUUAUUUGCAUAGCAGACCUUUAGUGCAACAAAUAUAAAGUGUUCCAUAACGAGA